AUGCCCAAAUGUGAAUUCAAUGUACGUUGGGAAGCAUGCAUUAGAAGGUCAAUUCAACGAUCACUGGAAGAUCAUCGGCGAGUUGUAGGUAAAUCUGAAUUAACAACUGAGCAACGGAAAUUACUUUGGGCAUAUGGCAAGCCAAGAGAUUUGAAAGAAGCAUUACAAUCAAUGUCAAUAGUGUACGACAUGGUGAGGUUACAAGAACAAAUAACGCUUGAUAUUGUCAAGUAUUAUCGCGCUGAUAAUGUCCUUUAUCUGGAAAUACACGUAAAUCCAUGUGUCAACAAUGAGUUAUCACCGGAAAUAUUCCUGAGGAAAAUGAUUCAAGCUAUUUCAUUUGCAAAAUCAGCACAUCGUAAUAUGACCGUUAAAAUAUUGUUAAUUGCCGAGCUUGAAGAAUCGAUUGAAAGAGUGCAAGAAGUUAUUGAUUUGGUCUUGAUAUUUGGAAGGACUCGUAGAAAUCAAAAUUUGCCUGAUAGUGAUAUAAUACAUGGUGUGGAGAUAGUUUUUGUUGAUUCAAAUGAAUAUGAUAUGUAUCAGUUGAAAAAAAUGAUUGAAUUUAUUCGACAGGAAUCUGAUUUAUUGAUAAUUUUUAAUUUAGCUAAGAUGAGCAACAAUAUGAAUCAAUUGUAUGAUAUUUUAUCGAUGCGUCCCGAUCGAUUAUGCAAUGCAGAAAUUUUAAAUCAAAAUCAAAAUGAAAUCGAUCAACGUAUAAUAACUGAUCGCUUGUUAUCAAUGAAAUUACCAAUAGUCUUGCAGACAGGAUAUAGCAUGUUAUUGGGUUGUACCUUAUCAGAUGAAUAUUAUCAACUGGCAACAGUUAUGGAUUUGAAGCCAAGUGAUAUCUAUGAACUAUCACUAACCGCGUCAUUUUUCACGGAAAAAACUCCACGUAUUAAACGCCGUAAUUUAUUUCCAUUCGCUUAUCAAUAUGACCAAUUUGCAGAAUUAUACAUGCUGGAAAAUUCGACUGAAUGGAAGCUUCAAAUUCUUCGUGAUUGUAAAUUAUUUCUAAGUCGACCUUUGACUUGUAAGCGAAAACAGCGUCGACGUCGUAUCAUUGAUCUUUUAUAUGUUUGA